AUGAGAUCAAACGAUUGUCAGGGAAGCUUACUCGUACGUACCAGAUUCACGCGAAGUCUCCCGCGCGAAGUUCAUCUGGCUUGGGUAGGACAGGAGGAGCGGAUAGAGGAGCUGAGAGACAUUCACCGAUUAGAGUCGAAAUCUCAGUCUGAUCAGAUCGAGAAACUGCGAAGUCAGGUCGACGAGGCGGAGGCUUUGCUGAAGGCGUCGCUGAACACCAAUUCUCAACUCGAGCAAGAGCUGACUCAACAGAAGACCGGGAUUGAGAAACUGCAGGCGGAUGUUGGACGCGCGAACGGGACGGCGAAAGACGAAGAGGAAAAGCGCGUCAAAGCUGUCACACUGCUCAAGACCGUGCGACAGAAACUCGUCAAAGCCGAGAAGGAGCGGGAUGAUGCGCUGAAGGAGAUGCGCACGAUGAAGGAUCAGGAGAGGGAGGAGAAGGAAAAGGAGGCCGCUGAAAAGCUCAAUUUGCAGCGCGAGAUCGAGAGGCUUACUGCGGACAAAGAAACAGCCUUAAACAGCCUCAAGAGCCAGUUCGAGAAGGAGAUGAAUGCGCUCAAGGACAAGCAGGAGAGGGAGCUAUUAGCCUUUCGAGGUCAGUUUGAAAUGGAAGCGAUGGCCACGAAGUCUUCUCACGCUCGUGAGCUUGAGAGCAAGAGCUCGCGUGUAUCCGAGCUCCAAACUACAGUACGCACACUGGAAGGAGAGAAGGAUGAGUUUUUCGACCAGCUUCAGUUGCGUCAAGCGGAGCUUGAAUCAUCCCGAUCCCGCCUGGAGACCAUGGAGAGCCAGACGACAGAGUACCAGUACCAGCUGCACGAGGCUCAGGAGCGUAUCGCACUCCUUUCCGAGGAGCUCGCGGAUGCACGGCGCGAACAUGAGAGCAGAGCGCUGUCGACUGGUCCAUCGGCACAAGAGGUUACGCGUCUCCUGUCUGCGGCGGAGGUGAAGUACGAAUCACGCAUCAGCGAUUUACGGAAGCGGCUCAGUGCGGUCGAGCGAGAGCGGGACGAGGGCGAGGCUGAGUGGAGCCACAAGCUCUCCGAGAAGAUGAGAGAUCUGGAGAGCUUGAAGGCAGUACUGAAUUCCUCAGCUAAGAGCCGAGAGGAAGAGUCCGAGAGCGCGAAUAGCUUGCGGGAGGAGAUCGACGCACUCAAGGCGGAACUCCAGGCAUACCAAGCACGCAUACUGGAGCUCAAGGCGCAAGUUGAUAGAGCGGCCGAAGUUGAGAACAAUGCACACACCGAGGUUGGUGAGCUCAAUGCUCGGAUAGUGGCCAUCCAGCAGCUUGUCGAGGAUGGCAAGGCGCGUGAGGCGCAGCUUCGCACGCACAAUAAGACUCUGCGUGAGGAGCUUCGCAAAGUGCAAUCUUCGGCAGCGUUGCUGGAGCGACAGCGCAAUCCUGGAGUCGGGUACUGGGCUUCACGGCAAGAGAGUAGUCCCGAAAUACGCUCGCCACGGUCCUCUGUGUCAGAUCUGACUACGAGGGAUACUCCUUCUCGACCCGGUUCUCCUGCGGUGGCGAAGUCUGACGAAGAGAUCAACGUCGAAUAUCUAAGGAACAUAAUACUGCAGUUCUUGGAACACAAGGAGAUGAGGCCGCACCUUGUCAGGAUUCUGUCCACGAUACUACGUUUUACGCCUCAGGAAACCCGAAGGCUAGUGUCGAAAGUAUGA